UUAAAGUGGAAGAUCUCUGUGUGUAGAGUGUGAGAGAGUGCAGUGAGAGAUGGCUCGUGCAGUUCUGAAAGCUCUGAUUUUCCUCACAGUUUCUCUUCAUCUUUCAUCAGCAGUCACACACUCUCUGCAGUACAUCUACACUGCAGUUACAGGAAUAAAUUUCCCAGAAUUCACUGCUGUGGGUCAGGUGGAUGGAGAGCAGUUUAGCUACUACGAUAGUAACAUCAGGCGAGAGACGCCGAAGACGGAGUGGAUACAGAAGAUCAACGCUGAGGAUCCAGAUUACUGGAGCAGAAAUACACAGAAGCAGCAGGGUGCUCAGGAGGUCUACAGAGUCAAUGUGGCUACAGCAAUGCAGCGCUUUAAUCAGACUAAAGGAGUUCACACAGUGCAGAUGAUGUGCGGCUGUGAGCGUGAUGAUGACGGCACCACUAGAGGAUACACUCAGUACGGUUAUGAUGGAGAAGAUUUCCUCAGUCUGGAUCUGAAAACUAAAACCUGGAUUGCAGCUAAACCUCAAGCUGUGAGCACCAAACACAAGUGGGAUUCUACAGGAGCUGAGGCUAAUGACAUGAAGAACUACCUGCAGAACACCUGUAUCAAGUGGUUAAAGAAGUACGUGUCUUACGGCAGAGAGACUCUGGAGAGGAAAGUUCGUCCCGAGGCGUCACUGUUCCAGAAACACUCUCCUUCUCCAGAGGUGGUGUGUCAUGCUACAGGUUUCUUCCCCAAAGCAGUGAUGAUCUCCUGGCAGAAGGACGGAGAGGACGUGUAUGAGGAUGUGGAGCUCAGAGAGACGUUACCCAACCAGGAUGGAAGCUUCCAGAAGAGAAGCAUUCUGACAGUUCCAGCUGAGGAGCUGCAGAAACACACCUACACCUGCGUGAUUCAGCACAGCAGCUUGGAGAAGGAGUUAGUGCUGCCUGUGAGAGUUCCAGAUAGAGAAUCAGGUUUGCUCUCAGAGCCUCUGGUCUCUUCAACUUUGGAGGCAGAAGCUGGAGAUAAUGUCACUAUUUGGUGCCAACAUAACCUGAAUUAUCGAGGUUCCAUCUUCUGGUUUAAACACACGAGUGAUUCAGUUCCACGUCUUCUUGGGUGCAAACAGAUUUUUACAUCAGCUGCAUCAUAUCCGUGUUCCUACUUUACUGAAACUGAGCGCAUGGUGAUGGCUGUUCAGGGCAGAUUCACGUCUCUCACAAUCACUGCAGUAAAUGUCUCUGAUACAGGACUCUAUUACUGCAGCUCCAUGCAAAUGGACCGAAUUAACUUUAGCAACUCGACCUCUUUCCAUGUGAAAGACAGAAACAAAAUACUUUCUGAGAACUUGGACAGAGCGACAGGUUCAGUCUCUUCUGCUGUGUUCUUCAUGCUGACUGUGGUGUCUGGUGUAGUGAUUGUGAUUCUUCUCGCUGUCCUGAUCUUCACCAUGCUGAAGAAAAAAACAUACAGAGGUGUUGAGGCAGAAGAUAAUUAGUUCUCUGAGAAGAUACUCAAGUGGAGACAUGAUGAAAUGCAGUAUUCGUAUGUUGUGUAUUCUUCUGUCAGUCAGUAACGCAGCAGUGUCAGGGUAAUGUGUGCACACAGUGUCAUACAUUAUUUAUUGUUUAUUAACCUGUAACACGUUUCUGAUGUUCUGCAUUUGGAGAAACUAUAACAUGUAUGACAUUUACAGAAUAUAGUAUUACUGUAUAUUGCUUCUGGAUUCUACUUUUUUUUUUCUUUUUUUUUUUUUUUUUUACUAUAAUCAUCUUGUCAGGUCUCUCAGCUUGUAAUUCAGUGUAAUAAAAUAUUCAGGUGCAAACUGUAUUUUAAGAAAGUAAGAAAAUAACAGAUUUGUAAAGGCUCUGGUAAUAAACCGGCUCUUUGUAUAAAUCAGUAAUGGUGAUAUUGUGUGAAAACCUUAUCCCCGUGUGCUAUAAAGCAAAUUUAAUUUA